GGUCUAUUUUCAGUCUCUUUUCUGGAUUAAAAGCAAGCAACUUAUUUGACUCCACUGGUACAUCAGCAUCAUACAGCCCUCUUCACCAACAAUAAGAAGGCUUCACGGUCGUUUAGCAUCCUACAGUGGAAUUGCUGUGGGCUGCGUGGCAAGCUACCCAUUUUGCAGAGGAUCUGUAAUGAUUACGAUAUUAUCUGUGUUCAGGAAUCUUUGAUGUAUCCUUCGACGAACUUUGUCCUCAGAGGAUUUCACGUUAUUAGAGCGGACAUCAGCAACUCAGGUAUGAGAGGCAUUUGCAUUUUAAUAAGAAAUAAUAUUGUUUUUAGCACAAUUGACUCAUCACAUUUACAACAUGAGGACGUCGAGCUACAAGCCAUCAAGGUUAUAUCAGAUGAUGACAGCAUCGCUAUCAUGAAUGUAUAUUGUCACCCCAACCGCAGAAUCAGCCCCCAUUUCUACGCGGAUUUUCUGCAAUUCGGAGAGGCUCAAAAGAACUGUAUCCUGGUUGGAGACUUCAAUGCUCAUCACUCCGCAUGGGGGUGCUCGACCACGGACAAGGCAGGAAGGUCGCUAUUAGAUGCAGUGGAGGGCAUUAACGGAUGCAUAAUGAGCGACGAGAAGCCUACUCUUUUGCUUCCGCCUGGCUCAAGAACCUCGGUCAUUGACAUAACCACAUCCGGCGUUGCUCCUCUCUGUGAGGUCUGUACAAAUGAUGACACUUACGGCAGUGAUCAUUACCCUGUUACGACUAAAGGGAGAAGUCUUAAUUCAAAAAAGCGAUACCUAUAUCGUAUACGUCUAGAUUCCAAAGAACUUAUUGAAUUUCAGAAAGCCCUGGAUGCUACAGCCGAAUCUUUUCUUAGCUCGCUUGGUGACAAUGAAUGUGAGAACUACACCAAAUUAACAAAUCACCUGGUCAGCCUUGCAUCAGAAUGUAGCAACAGCAAACAUAAAGAACCACGCACCAUCUCUCAACCCAACGGGCGCGCUUCUCCUCCGUGGUGGACGGAGGCAUGCCAGAGGGCUGUUGUUAUUCGCAGGGAGGCGGCCAAACGCUGGCAAAGGAAAUCCACGAUUGAGAGUUUUAUGGCUUUUAAAAAAGCAAGAGCAAAGUGCUCUAAAGUAUUAUACAAGGAGAAAAAAAAGGGUUGGAGACGGAUUUCACCAGAAGUUUAG